GGGAAGCCGGCUGUCCUUGGUUGGGUCCUCGCGAGUCCUUCCUCUCCCCUCCCGCCGCCGCUGGCAUCGCCGCCACCGCACCGGAAAAUGAGGCUGGCACGGGGAGCCCUCGCCUGGGUGAGCUUUCUGACCAUCGCCGGGACCUUCCGCCUCGGCGCGGCGCAAUCAGUUUGUGCUGGCACUGAGAACAAAUUGAGCUCUCUGUCUGAUCUUGAGCAACAAUAUCGUGCACUGCGCAAGUACUACGAGAACUGUGAGGUGGUGAUGGGCAACCUAGAAAUCACCAGCAUUGAACACAAUCGAGAUCUCUCCUUUUUGCGGUCUAUCCGAGAGGUCACUGGCUAUGUCUUGGUAGCUCUGAAUCAAUUUGCCUAUCUCCCGCUGGAGAAUCUACGGAUCAUUCGUGGAACAAAACUGUAUGAGGACCGUUGUGCAUUGGCUAUCUUCCUUAACUACAAAAAGGAUGGUAGCUAUGGACUUAGAAGGCUUGGACUGAAGAAUCUCACUGAAGUCUUAAAUGGAGGAGUCUACGUUGGUCAGAACAAAUUUCUCUGCUAUGCAGAUACUAUUCAGUGGGAAGAUAUCGUUCGCAAUCCAUUGGCUUCCAACUUCUCUGUACUUCCAAAAGAUAGCAGUACAGAUUGUGGUCCAUGUCACAAAUCUUGCGGAAACCGAUGCUGGGGACCUUCAGCGGAUGAAUGUCAGACCUUAACGAAGGUGGUGUGUGCCGAGCAAUGCGAUGGACGAUGCUAUGGGCGCUCCGUCAGUGAAUGCUGCCACCGUGAAUGUGCCGGAGGCUGUUCUGGACCAAAAGACACCGAUUGCUUUGCAUGUAUGAAUUUUAAUGACAGCGGGGCGUGCGUCACACAAUGUCCCCAGACUUCUGUCUACAAUCCUGCCACCUUCCAAAUGGAAAACAAUCGGGAUGGCAAAUACACCUAUGGUGCUUUUUGUGUCAAAAAAUGUCCACACAACUUUGUGGUUGAUAUCAGCUCUUGCGUACGCGCCUGUCCCAGUCCCAAGAUGGAAGUUGAAGAAAAUGGCAUAAAGACAUGCAAGCCGUGCACUGACAUUUGUCCUAAAGCAUGUGAUGGCAUAGGAACAGGAAGUUUGAUGUACGCUCAAACAGUAGACUCCAGUAAUAUUGACAAAUUUGUCAACUGCACAAAGAUCAAUGGGAACCUGAUCUUCCUUGUUACUGGAAUUCAUGGAGACCCUUAUCACACUAUUGAGGCGAUUGAUCCACAAAAUUUAAAUGUCUUCCAAACAGUGAGAGAGAUAACAGGGUUCCUAAAUAUACAAUCAUGGCCUGAAAACAUGACAGAUUUCAGUGUGUUUUCAAACUUGGUUACCAUUGGUGGAAGAGCACUAUACAGUGGCCUCUCUUUGCUGAUUCUCAAACAGCAUGGCAUUAGAUCCCUACAGUUUCAGUCCCUGAAGCAUAUCAGUGCUGGCAACGUCUACAUCACAGACAACAGUAACUUGUGCUACUACCACACCAUCAACUGGACCAGCCUCUUCAGCACUCCCAACCAAAAGACUGUGAUCCACAGAAAUAAGAAGGCAGAAAACUGUACGGCCGAGGGGAUGGUGUGCAGCCCUUUAUGCUCAAAAAAUGGAUGCUGGGGUCCUGGGCCAGACCAGUGCUUGUCCUGUAAGCACUUCAUCAGGGGAAGGACCUGUGUCAAGUCCUGUAACCUUUAUGAUGGGGAAUACAGGGAGUUCGCCAAUGGUUCUAUCUGCGUGGAAUGUGACCCUCAGUGUGAGAAGAUGGAUAACAGCAGGAUCACAUGUACUGGACCAGGACCUGACCAUUGCACCAAAUGUUUCCAUUUUAAAGAUGGCCCCAAUUGUGUGGAAAAGUGUCCUGAUGGGGUACAAGGCACAAACAGCUUCAUUUUCAAAUAUGCUGAUGAGGACCGUGAAUGUCACUCUUGUCAUCCAAACUGUACCCAAGGGUGUAGAGGCCCCACUAGUCAUGACUGCAUUUACUAUCCGUGGACACGCCAGUCCACUUUACUGCAACAGGCUAGAACGCCCCUGAUUGCUGCCGGAGUGAUUGGUGGACUUUUCAUCAUUGUCAUUUUGGGUUUGACAUUUGCCGUUUAUGUGAGACGCAAGAGCAUCAAAAAGAAGAGGGCCCUACGAAGGUUCCUGGAAACUGAGCUGGUGGAACCCUUGACCCCAAGUGGCACAGCUCCCAACCAAGCACAGCUGCGCAUUCUGAAAGAAACUGAGCUAAAACGUGUCAAAGUUCUUGGAUCAGGAGCCUUUGGAACUGUGUAUAAGGGUGUUUGGGUUCCUGAGGGAGAGAGUGUGAAGAUUCCGGUUGCUAUUAAAAUCCUGAAUGAAACAACUGGACCAAAAGCCAAUGUAGAAUUCAUGGAUGAGGCUCUUAUAAUGGCAAGCAUGGAUCAUCCCCACCUUGUGCGACUACUAGGUGUCUGCUUGAGCCCAACCAUCCAGCUAGUUACCCAAUUGAUGCCCCAUGGCUGCUUACUAGACUACGUCCAUGAACAGAAGGAUAACAUUGGCUCCCAGCUUCUGCUUAACUGGUGUGUCCAGAUUGCCAAGGGCAUGAUGUAUCUGGAAGAGAGGAGACUGGUUCACCGAGACUUGGCAGCCCGGAAUGUCUUGGUGAAAUCACCAAAUCACGUGAAGAUCACAGACUUUGGCCUGGCAAGACUCCUGGAAGGGGAUGAAAAAGAAUACAGUGCUGAUGGUGGGAAGAUGCCAAUUAAAUGGAUGGCCCUCGAGUGCAUACAUUAUAGGAAGUUCACACAUCAGACGGAUGUUUGGAGUUAUGGCGUCACCAUUUGGGAGCUUAUGACGUUUGGUGGAAAACCCUAUGAUGGAAUCCCCACAAGAGAAAUUCCUGACCUGCUCGAGAAGGGGGAGCGCCUGCCACAGCCUCCCAUCUGCACCAUUGAUGUUUACAUGGUGAUGGUAAAAUGUUGGAUGAUUGAUGCUGACAGUCGGCCGAAGUUCAAGGAGCUGGCUGCGGAAUUUUCUAGAAUGGCUCGAGAUCCUCAGAGAUACCUGGUCAUUCAGGGAGAUGACCGCAUGAAGCUCCCAAGCCCAAAUGACAGCAAGUUUUUCCAAAAUCUGCUGGAUGAAGGAGACCUGGAAGACAUGAUGGAUGCUGAAGAAUACCUAGUUCCUCAGGCCUUUAACAUUCCUCCACCCAUUUAUACGUCUAGGGCAAGAAUGGACUCAAACAGGAGUGAAAUUGGACACAGCCCUCCUCCUGCCUACACCCCUAUGUCAGGAAACCAGUUUAUCUACAGAGAUGGCAGCUUAGCUCCAGAGCAGGGAGUCCCCUUGCCCUAUCGGGCUGCCAUACCGAGCAUAGCCCCAGAACCUCCCAUCUUGCAAGGGGCUGCAGAAAUCUGUGACGACACCUGCUGCAAUGGCACUUUACGGAAGCAAGUGGCCAGCCUUUCGCAGGAAGACAGCAUCACGCAGAGGUACAGCGCUGACCCGACCGUUUUUAUACCAGAGCGAGGGGCACGGAAUGAGCUGGAUGAAGACGGCUAUAUGACUCCGAUGCCAGAGAAGUCCAAAACAGAUCAUCUGAAUCCAGUAGAAGAGAACCCGUUUGUUUCCCGGCGGAAGAACUGCGAUCUACAAGCACUGGACAACCCAGAGUAUCUCAAUGGCCAAAAUGGGAAACCCAAAGCCGAGGAUGAAUACGUGAAUGAGCCAUGGUACCUCAACACCUUUGCAAGCACCUUUGAGAAUUUGGAGUACAUGAAGAAAAACGGGCUCCCGUUGCCUGAGAAGCCGAAGAAAGCCUUUGACAACCCAGGUUAUUGGAAUCACAGCCUGCCUCCACGCAGUACCCUCCAGCAUCCGGACUACCUGCAGGAAUACAGCACAAAGUAUUUUUACAAACAGAAUGGAAGAAUCCAGCCCAUUGUGGCAGAGAACCCCGAAUACCUCUCAGAGUUCUCCCUGAAGCCUGGCAUGAUGCUGCCUCCUCCACCUUACAGACACAGAAACACAGUGGUGUAAUCCCGGAAGUGUCCUCGAGAAAUAGGGAACCCAUACCAGCACUCUCCUUUCUUUCUUUCUCUCCCUUCUCCCCCCUCCCUCUUUUUUCUUACUUGCUUGUCUCGUUUUUUCUUGCCAGUCCAACUUCUGUCCUCCCCCCUUCCCCCCCCCCCGGCCAUUUGAUGUCUACAAAUGGAAAGACAUGUUUAAGUCAUUUGUUCCAGGAAUCAGGGAAGAAAGAAGAGCAGAAAAUGAAAGAAAGGGAGGGGGUGGUGGAAAGCCUGGCAUUUCUCACUUUCUACGCACCCGGAGGACCAGGAGGUCAAACAAGCCAAUGAAUACUAGUAAAAGCCAGUGGCGGUUUUUUUUGCCCGCUGUCAAGCUAGUUCUCCACGUAGUGAUUCAGCUCUGAUGCUGCAGGGAAAGUCACACUGUGUCAAUUUCUAUCAGCAGGAAAUGCUUAGAGCUGCUGGAGCGUUCCUGGAGAAGGCAAUUCCAUUUGGGGGCGGGGGGGUGAGGAGUAAGAAAGGACAAUUUUUAUAUCAUAAGUGAUGACAUAAUAACUGAGAUUGAGAAUCCAAUUUCUUUCUUUAACACUUUUUAUUCAGCCACCUAAACAGAAUGGCUAACCAAGCUUGCUAUAUCUCUCUCUGCUUCACUGUGGCCAUCUGAGGAAUCGUGUCACAAGAUCAUAGAGCUCUCACCUUCUGCUAGUACCUUUUCUCCAUCACUUCUGCUGAUGUGGGUCCAUUUCCUUCUUUCGGAGGUCUUGUUACUUCAUGCUCCCGCGCAUGACAUCACAGCUUUUCUACCAGUCAAUGUGAGAACAAGCAGUUUGAAAGCAAAAUAUUUCAGGCCACAAGCAACAAAAUGAACAGGGAAGCAAGAAACAUCGUGGGUGUUUUUUUUUAAAGGCAAAGAACAACCAAGAUUUAUAUGCACAAACAUUCUGGUUCAUGUUUUAUUGUUGGUGAAUACAAAACCUAGUAGUAAUUCUCCUCUCAGUUUCCUUUGGCUUGUCAGCUAAAGUUGGGGAAUAGUAGGCAGCAAUGAGGACUGGAAAGAGGGAGAAGAAUUACCAUCUUUUUCUUUUUCUUUCUUUUAAAAUAAAAUCCACCUGCUCCUAAAGGAGGCAGGAUCAGGAGGGAGACUUGAAAUCAAAAAGAA